AGGGUGCUGGAUGGUGGGGGAGUACCACUGAUGAGAGAGAGAGAGAGAGAGAGAGAGAGAGAGAGAGAGAGAGAGAGCGGGCGGAAGAAGGGACUAAUUCAACACACAUCGGAGGAUUAUUACAUCUACCGACUGGAUACUGAUAAACACCAGGGCAAAGGGUCUCUUCGUCUGCGGUGUGUGGUGACCUAGUGUGUUCUGCUUCUGGUUUCCAGCAGCAAUGUCACAGAGGAGUGGGCAGGAGGAUCCGGAGCGGUACCUCUUUGUGGACCGCGCAGUGGUCUACAAUCCGGCCGCACAGGCCGACUGGACUGCCAAGAGGCUAGUAUGGAUCCCAUCAGAACGCCACGGCUUCGAGGCUGCCAGUGUUCGUGAGGAGCGUGGAGAUGAGGUGGUGGUGGAGCUGGCGGAGAAUGGGAAGAAGGCGGUGGUCAACAAGGAUGACAUCCAGAAGAUGAACCCGCCAAAGUUCAGCAAAGUCGAGGACAUGGCUGAACUCACCUGCCUGAACGAAGCCUCCGUGCUUCACAACCUCAAAGACCGCUACUACUCCGGCCUCAUCUAUACAUACUCUGGUCUCUUCUGUGUGGUCAUAAAUCCCUACAAAAACCUUCCCAUCUACUCAGACAACAUCAUUGAGAUGUACAGGGGCAAAAAGAGGCACGAAAUGCCCCCUCAUAUCUACGCCAUCUCAGAGUCUGCAUACAGAUGCAUGCUACAAGAUCGAGAGGACCAAUCCAUUCUUUGCACAGGUGAGUCAGGAGCUGGAAAGACUGAAAACACAAAAAAGGUCAUUCAGUACCUGGCACAUGUUGCCUCCUCCCACAAAGGAAGAAAAGACCACAACAUUCCUCCAGAAUCACCUAAACCAGUGAAACUACAGGCACAAAAUGCAGUUAGUGGACCCCUGUUUUAUGGUGAAUUGGAACGUCAGCUUUUACAAGCCAACCCCAUCCUUGAGUCCUUUGGGAAUGCUAAGACAGUGAAAAAUGACAACUCAUCACGUUUUGGGAAAUUCAUCCGGAUCAACUUUGAUGUCACCGGAUACAUUGUUGGAGCCAAUAUUGAAACCUACUUGCUGGAGAAAUCCAGAGCUAUUCGUCAGGCCAAAGAUGAGCGCACCUUCCACGUUUUCUACCAGCUGCUGGCUGGAGCUGGAGAGCACCUCAAAUCGGACCUGCUCUUGGAAGGGUUCAACAACUACCGUUUCCUGUCCAACGGUAACAUCCCGAUCCCUGGCCAGCAGGACAAAGACAACUUCCAGGAGACCAUGGAGGCCAUGCACAUCAUGAGCUUUGCCCAUGAGGAGAUUCUGGCCAUGUUGAAGGUGGUGUCCUCGGUGCUUCAGUUUGGGAACAUCAUCUUUAAGAAGGAGAGGAACACUGACCAAGCCUCUAUGCCUGAUAAUACUGCCGCUCAGAAGUUAUGUCAUCUGCUGGGUAUGAAUGUAAUGGAGUUCACCAGAGCCAUCCUGUCCCCAAGGAUCAAAGUGGGAAGAGACUACGUCCAGAAAGCACAGACUAAAGAGCAGGCUGACUUUGCUGUCGAGGCCCUGGGUAAAGCGACAUAUGAGCGUCUGUUCCGCUGGCUAGUUCAUCGCAUUAACAAAGCUCUGGACAGAACCAAACGGCAGGGUGCCUCCUUCAUCGGCAUCCUGGAUAUUGCGGGUUUUGAGAUAUUCCAGCUGAACUCGUUUGAGCAGCUAUGUAUCAACUACACCAACGAGAAGCUGCAGCAGCUCUUCAACCACACCAUGUUCAUCCUGGAGCAGGAGGAGUACCAGAGGGAGGGCAUCGAGUGGAGUUUCAUCGACUUCGGCCUUGACCUGCAGCCCUGCAUCGACCUCAUUGAGAGGCCGGCAAACCCUCCAGGAGUGCUGGCUCUGUUGGAUGAAGAGUGCUGGUUCCCCAAAGCCACAGACAAGACCUUUGUAGACAAGCUGACCCAGGAGCAGGGCACACACACCAAGUUCCAGAAGCCCCGCCAGCUCAAAGACAAAGCCGACUUCUGCAUCAUCCACUACGCCGGCAAGGUGGACUAUAAGGCAGACGAGUGGCUAAUGAAGAACAUGGACCCCCUGAAUGACAAUGUGGCAACGCUUCUGCAUCAGUCAACUGACAAAUUUGUGGCUGAACUUUGGAAAGAUGUUGACCGCAUCGUGGGCCUGGACCAGGUGGCAGGGAUGAAUGAGACAGCCUUUGGCGCCACCUACAAAACAAAAAAGGGCAUGUUUCGUACAGUGGGGCAGCUUUACAAGGAGUCGCUCACCAAGCUCAUGGCCACACUGAGGAACACCAACCCCAACUUUGUCCGCUGCAUCAUCCCCAACCAUGAAAAAAGAGCUGGUAAACUGGAGCCUCACUUGGUUCUGGACCAGCUGAGGUGUAAUGGAGUCCUAGAGGGGAUUCGCAUCUGCAGACAGGGCUUCCCCAACCGCAUCGUCUUCCAGGAGUUUAGACAGAGAUAUGAGAUCCUGACACCCAACGCUAUCCCCAAAGGAUUUAUGGAUGGGAAACAAGCCUGUGAGAGAAUGAUCCGAGCCCUGGAGCUGGACCCAAACCUGUUCCGUAUUGGCCAGAGUAAGAUCUUCUUCAGAACUGGUGUUCUGGCUCACCUGGAGGAGGAGAGAGAUCUGAAGAUUACUGACAUCAUCAUCUACUUCCAGUCUGUGUGCCGUGGAUACUUGGCUCGCAAGGCCUUUGCUAAGAAGCAGCAGCAGCUGAGUGCCCUAAAGGUCCUCCAGAGGAACUGUGCUGCUUACUUGAAGCUGCGACACUGGCAGUGGUGGAGGCUCUUCACCAAGGUGAAGCCUCUGCUGCAGGUCACCAGGCAGGAGGAGGAGAUGCAGGCCAAAGACGAGGAGCUGGUAAAGGUGAAGGAGAGACAGCUCAAGGUGGAGAAUGAGCUAGUAGAUAUGGAGAGGAAACACCAACAGCUCUUAGAGGAGAAGAAUAUUCUAGCAGAGCAGCUCCACGCAGAGACAGAGCUGUUUGCUGAGGCCGAAGAGAUGAGAGUUCGUCUGCUUUCUAGGAAGCAAGAGUUGGAGGAGAUCCUUCACGACCUGGAGUCCAGGGUGGAGGAAGAGGAGGAGAGGAACCAGAGUCUGCAGAAUGAGAAGAAAAAGAUGCAGUCACACAUCCAGGACCUGGAGGAGCAGCUCGAUGAGGAGGAAGCUGCGAGACAGAAGCUGCAACUGGACAAAGUAACAGCUGAGGCAAAGAUAAAGAAAAUGGAGGAGGACAUUCUCCUGCUGGAGGACCAAAACUCCAAGUUCCUCAAGGAGAAAAAGCUGCUGGAGGACAGGAUCGGCGAGAUGACUUCCCAGCUGACAGAGGAGGAGGAGAAAGCAAAGAACCUCGGCAAGGUCAAGAACAAGCAGGAGAUGAUGAUGGUUGACCUGGAGGAGCGUUUAAAGAAAGAGGAGAAAACACGGCAGGAGCUGGAGAAAGCCAAACGUAAACUGGACGCUGAGACAACGGACCUGCAGGACCAGAUUGUUGAGCUUCAGGCUCAGAUAGAGGAGCUGAAGAUCCAACUGGCCAAAAAGGAGGAGGAGCUGCAGGCUGCUCUGGCCAGAAGUGACGAUGAGACCGUCCAGAAGAACAAUGCCUUGAAGCAGGUUCGGGAGCUUCAGGCCCACCUCGCAGAGCUUCAGGAGGAUCUGGAGUCAGAGAAGAUGUGUCGAACUAAAGCUGAAAAACUCAAGAGGGACCUGAGUGAGGAGCUUGAGGCUCUGAAGACGGAACUAGAGGACACGCUGGAUACCACCGCUGCCCAGCAAGAGCUCAGGUCCAAGCGAGAGCAAGAAGUGGCAGAGCUAAAGAAGGCCAUAGAUGAAGAGACCAAAAACCACGAGGCUCAGGUCCAGGAAAUGAGACAGAGGCAUGCCACAGCGCUGGAAGAAGUGUCCGAACAGCUGGAACAAGCCAAGAGGUUCAAAACCAACCUGGAGAAGAACAAGCAGAGUCUGGAGAGUGAUAACAAAGAGAUGGCCUGUGAGGUGAAGAGUCUGCAGCAGGCAAAGACUGAGUCAGAGUACAAGAGGAAGAAACUGGAGGCCCAGCUGCAGGAGUUUAUGGCCAGAGCCACCGAGGUGGAGAGAACCAAGGGAGAGCUGGCUGAACGCUCCCACAAACUGCAGACGGAGUUCGACAAUCUGUCGUCCUUGCUGGAGGAGUCAGAGAAGAAGGGCGUCAAACUGGCCAAGGAAGUGGACAAACUGAACAGCAAAUUGCAAGAUUCAGAGGAGUUGCGUCAGGAGGAGACGCGUCAGAAGUUGAACCUGAGCGGCCAAAUCCGCCAGCUGGAGGUGGAAAAGAACACGUUGCUGGAGCAGCAGGAGGAAGAGGAGGAAGCCCGACGCAACUUGGAGAAACAGUUGCAGACGGCGCAUUCUCAGCUGUUUGAGACAAAGAAGAAGCUAGAGGAGGAUGUGGGGGCGAUGGAGGGCCUGGAGGAGGUGAAGAGAAAACUCCAGAAGGAUGUGGAGCUGACCAGCCAGCGUCUGGAGGAGAAGACUAUGGCCAUGGACAAAAUGGAGAAGACCAAGAACCGACUGCAGCAGGAGCUGGACGACCUGAUGGUGGACCUGGACCACCAGAGACAGAUUGUCUCAAACCUCGAAAAGAAACAGAAGAAGUUUGAUCAGCUGCUGGCUGAGGAGAAAACCAUCUCGGCCCGUUAUGCUGAGGAGCGUGACCGUGCGGAGGCUGAAGCCAGAGAGAAGGACACCAAGGCUUUGUCCAUGGCCAGAGCUCUGGAGGAGGCUUUGGAGGCCAAAGAGGAGCUGGAGCGGUUUAAUAAGCAGCUCCGCGCUGAAAUGGAGGACCUGAUGAGCUCCAAGGAUGAUGUGGGGAAGAAUGUCCAUGAACUGGAGAAGUCCAAGCGAACGCUGGAGCAACAGGUGGAGGAGAUGAGAGUUCAGCUGGAGGAACUGGAGGAUGAGCUGCAGGCCACGGAGGACGCCAAACUGCGUCUGGAGGUCAACAUGCAGGCCAUGAAGGCCCAAUUUGAUCGAGACCUGCAAUCCAGAGACGAGCAGGGAGAGGAGAAGAAGAGAGCGCUUGUCAAACAGGUGCGCGAGAUGGAGGCAGAGCUGGAGGACGAGAGGAAGCAGAGGACUCUGGCUGUUGCUGCCAAGAAGAAGUUGGAGAUGGACCUGAACGAGCUGGAGGGACAGAUCGAAGCAGCUAACAAAGGCAGAGACGAGGCUAUUAAACAACUCCGGAAACUACAGGCUCAGAUGAAGGACUAUCAGAGGGAGCUGGAGGAGGCCAGAGCCUCCAGGGAUGAGAUCUUCACCCAGUCCAAGGAGAACGAGAAGAAACUGAAGAGCCUAGAAGCUGAAAUCCUACAGCUACAGGAGGACCAUGCAGCAUCAGAGCGGGCCCGUCGGCAUGCCGAACAGGAGAGGGACGAGCUGGCUGAUGAGAUCUCCAACAGUGCUUCUGGAAAGUCGUCACUGCUGGAAGAGAAGAGGAGGCUGGAGGCUCGUAUCGCCCAGCUGGAGGAGGAGCUGGAGGAGGAGCAGGGCAACAUGGAGCUGCUUAACGACCGCUUCAGAAAGACCACCAUGCAGGUCGACAGCCUGAACGCCGAGUUGGCCGGAGAGCGCAACACUGCACAGAAGAGCGAGAACGCUCGGCAACAGAUGGAGCGGCAGAACAAGGAUUUGAAAGCCAAGCUGGCAGAGCUGGAGGGGACUGUGAAGUCAAAGUUUAAGGCGUCCAUCACCGCGCUGGAGGCCAAGAUCCUGCAGCUGGAGGAGCAGCUGGAGCAGGAAGCAAAGGAGAGAGCAGCAGCCAACAAAAUCGUCCGUCGUACGGAGAAGAAACUGAAGGAGGUGAUGAUGCAGGUGGAGGAUGAGCGUCGCCAUGCUGACCAGUACAAGGAGCAGAUGGAGAAAGCCAACUCUCGUAUGAAGCAGCUGAAGCGUCAGCUGGAGGAGGCGGAGGAGGAGGCCACCAGGGCCAACGCCUCCCGCAGGAAGCUGCAGAGGGAGCUGGACGACGCCACCGAGGCCAGCGAGGGUCUCACCAGAGAGGUCAACUCCCUCAAGAACCGCCUCAGGCGCGGCGGUCCAGUCAGCAGCUUCUCCUCCAGCCGUUCGGGCCGCCGCAACCUCAACCUGGAUGGCGCCUCCGUCGAUAUGUCAGACGACGACGCCGACAGCCGCGCCGGCGACUUCAACGAGACGCAGGCCUCCAACACCGAGUAAACAUAGCAACACUCUCAUUCCUUCGCUUUGCCCCUCUCCUUCAUCUCACCCCCCCCCAAAAAAAGAUCCUCUGCGUCACCAUCGUCUUUAUUCAUUUCAAACCACUGACUGGACAGAAGGUUGGAGCGAUGAGCUGUUUUUGGGCGGGGUGCCCCUGGCAGCACGCCUCUGCCCUUUUUAUAUCAGUUAACACUGCAGGGAAAAUCCACCGCCCUCCCUUAAAGUGAAGCCUCCAGUCCUGGAGAGUCACAGGGGCAAAUGGACAAAUCUGCCUUACUCUGCUCUCCUCUGGCAAGCUGCUAGUCCCGGCUCGUCUCUCGGCUACGUAUCAUCUCAGCGUCAUAACGUAACACCGUGCCCCUUCCCAUAGGCUGCUCGGCUCAUUGAGAAAGUAUGCAUAGGUGCAAAGUGCUUUUUAUACAUAUGAAACUCUGCGUGUGUGACGUAGGUGGAGGCUGUGAGGUGUACACACACACACACACACACACACACAUCAGUUAUGUAACGUAUGUGAUGCACUCUAUACUGGAAAUGCAGGACUACAAGGAAACGUAUUUCACUCUGCUGUUGUUAUUAGUGAUCUGCUCACUAGUUGUGUAAAAGCCAUCUCAUACUCGACACACUCCCUACUCCCAGUGCUUACUGUCUUUUUCAAGAUGGAAAAACCCAAAAGCCAAGGUCACUGUGGCCUUUGGACGGCCGCGCCGGCUGCUUUUGUUGCAUGAGUCUCCCUCUGAUGUACAGACUGUUUUGUUCUACACUACAGCACUACAGGAACGACUAACAUCUCGGGACAUGCAAUAGAAAAAACUCUGAAUUGAAAGUGUAUUACUGUGAAAAAAAAAAAAAGGUAUUUUAUUUUCUCUGUUGCUUCAUCUCAACAUUUAGUGAAGGAAUGUUUUAACUGGGUUUUAACUGGGAAUCUCACAGCUUACAAACCGUAUUGUAUUGUUGACCAUUGGGACACGAUAGGCGUACUGGUCCUCGACCGUGGAUUAGGGUGAGCUGCGAAUGAUUCUAGAUAAUGCGCAGAACUGCACGAAGAUGUUUGAAUUUUUAACUGGAAGCACUACUGGAAGUGGCGCUCGGUCCACGGUUUCAAUGUGACACUAAAUGGUUACAGUUUUAGAUAAAACAUGUAGAUUGAUUAGAAAUGGUGACAGAUUGAAAAUAGUCCUCUUCUCACUACAUUUCAGUGUUUGUGCCAAGCCCCAGUUUGUAUUAUCGUCACAUUUGAUUCAGAGAUAAAGCAUCGUGUUUUUUUAAAUGAAAAAUGAGACUAAUUGCUGUUCUGAAAGCAUUUCUAAACUCCUCAAAGACUCUUAACUAUCUGGAUGAGCUCUUCAGUGUGUUGCAUGAUUAAAAAAAAAUAAAUCACUGCAACUCUUAAUGGUAGGUGACAUGAAAAAGGUUACGUAUUGUACUGUUUUGUUAUAUUAACAUGUUUUUAUCUCAGCGUCCAUAAGCACUGUAUAAAAAAAAUAAAAAAAAAAAGAGUUAAACCUCUGCAGCCGCUCUCAAAUCACACCCAAAUCUCUGAUCCAAGUGGUCGAGCUGCACUGUGUGUAAGUGCAGGCGGCAGGUUUCAACGAGGAAGAAUAAUGUGUGGAAUAAAAAAAAAUAGGGGAUCUUCUGCAUUGAUUUGAUUCUUUUGUUUUUUUAAAGUCUUUUAAAAAGGACUUAUCGUUCACACUAAAAGUUAAAAAUCUUUUUUUGCGCAACAGAAUAUUUUGUCAUCCAGAUGUUUGGAAAUAUCUGUUUGGUUUUAGAAAUACCUUCAGGACAGCAGUGAACAGGUUUCAGAGAUAGCUCGGUAUUCAGUUUGUGACUAGAAUGUAAUGGUAACACAUGAUAACAAACUCGGGCUGGUUUGUGCCAUGAUUAUGUGCGUUGAAACCUGACUCUUCAGACUACCGACAGACCUGAUCAAGCACUUUGUAUUCACAGGUGACAGGUUGUCUGAAUAACAGGCUUUUUUUUUUUCUUAGUCUUUCUUUCUUUCUUUGCAUUUUUAGACCAAGCUUCUUUAAUAGCAUUUUUAGCAAGGUGAAGUAAGUAUCAGCUUGAAGUACAGCAGCCACCUCAACAGUUAAACCACUACAGUGUGAAACUGCAUAUAUCCAUCCAUCCAUCCAGUCCACGUGUAUUCAGUCUCUUCCUUUAUUCCCGAUGGUUGUCUACGGCAGAUUCUUUUGCCCUUCUCCUCAAACGUUAACUGUAUGUUUCUUUAAAAGUGCCUUAGACACUAUAUAAGAACAUAAGUGGGCAAAGAUUUCAUUACAGAUGUGAAAAUGAAACCCCAGUGAGAUGAAACAGGUACACCAAGGAGAUACUCAACACUUACUCGUUUUUUCUUUUGUAUUUUUGCUGUGCUUCAUAUCAUAUCCGCUGUGUACCUCUGUGUUCAUAAUAACCUGUUUGGAUCAGUAUUCCUGUAUGAUUAACCACACGAGAAUCGGCAGCUGCGUUUCCCAAAAUGACGUUCGUACCGGGAUUUUUUUUCCCUCCUGUGACCGCUCACAGGUGAAGGUUUUAGUACUGAAGUUAUUUUGGGAAAUUGUGUGCAGCACGGGAUUUCCUUUGGUUGGAAGCUUUAUCAUCCACAAGUAACUCAUUUUUAUUUUAUUAUUAUUAUUAUCCAGCUGGCUGUUGACAACCAGGCAUUCAACUGCAAAUACUUCCAUCGUAUUAUUUCUUGUAUACCUGUAUUUCUAGACAGUAAUUUUUGUUUUGUUUGUUUUUGUAAAAGGAAAAUAAAGCAUAUUCAUUGUA